AGCUGCGCUGGCAAACGUGUUCAAUAUGUAAAAUUUUGACUCGCUCCCAAGAAGGGAUUAAAGAUUUCGUUGCAUUUAAACUGAAGACGUUUUAACGAACUGUUUAUGUUUGUUUGUCGUGUUGUUGUUUUUUGUUUACUGGGAAUUUUAUUCGCGUUUUAUGGUGUUGACUUAAUGUUGUUUUCUGCGUCAUCGAACACACACGUUGCAUUUACAAGACAUUGUAUUUUAUUUCCUAUGUAUUGUAGAUUACUACAAGUUUGGGAUAAAACAUAAGUUAUAAAUCCAAAUCCAAACACUAUGAGAGAUUCGGAUAGAACUUUGAUCGUAGCUGUUUCAACAUAAAACUUUUAAUACGCAUCUGUUGAUGAUACCAGAACAUUCAAUGUAAAAAACCUCGUCGUACGUAAAAGGAAGUUUUCAUUUAAAUAAUGGAUUUAAUACGGCGCCUGGCUUAAACAACCGCCGUUAGGAGAUAUGGAAAAUGCAUUCGAACGCAAAGAACACAGACAAGGAUUUAUCAAUGGGUUCCGAAUAUUCGCUGCAUUCAUGUUCGUGACCGGAUUUCUGCAGCUAUUCUUCGGCUUCUACUGUAUCGGCCUCCAGUCCCCGGAAGUAGUUUCCGGUACCGUCCCGUACUACAUUGGCAGCAUCAUAAGUGGUUUUUCGGCAAUGGUUCCAACACUUGUUUGUGUGGCACUGUAUUACAAGGGUACGGAUACUGAAGUACAGAAGCAAGAGAAAAUGACCGUCCAUGCAAUUCAAACAACGGUCAAGUUUUUACUCUACUCAUCACCAAUCGUGGUUACCCUCGUUUUGUUCAGCGUCAUCAUAACGGCCUGCUUCGGACUCUGUGUAGCGAAGUGUUCGUACUCGUCCAAAAUAGACAUGAAUUUUGGAAUGUCCGCCUACCUUCUUGCGCUCGAAGGAUUUGGAUUGUUUACAAUUCUUGGAAACGCCUUAUUAUCAUGGAAAACAUGCGCAUAUUUACGAAUAGAAACGCUAUGUCAUCGUAUCGACGCACCGGCUGAAGUGGACACCGAAAGUGAAGUGAAAAGUGAUGAGAACUUGAGUGAAAGCGAGACCGACCAGUCAUAGCGCUUAGAUAUUGUGUGUAUACAGUUUAUAAAUGUUCGAAUCUUGUGAUAUGUGUCAACAUCGACAUUUCAUUCUUAACCCUUUGCAUGCUGGGAAAUUUGUCGUCUGCUAAAAUGUCGUCUGCUGAAUUUGUAAAAUAAGCAUUUUCUUCAUUUUUUUCAAAGAAUACUAUCAGAAUAGCAAACAGUUUGGAUCCA